AUGUCGCAGUUCAUCUACAGGCCGCUCCCCGAGACCAGCACCCUCCGCCCACGAUGCAGCAAGACUCAUUACACGAGCAUCGGCUCUUCUACUCAUAUCUCGCUCGAGAGACAACACGUUCAAUUCUUCGCCGACUUCAUCCGUACGGCUUUCCCCACCAUGUACUAUCACAACCGAUUCCGCGCCACGGACCGGCUCGACUUUCCUUCUUAUGUCAUUCAGGACGUCGGAUCCUAUGUUUUUCAAGACGCGGCUGUCGCCUGUCUGAGCUCUGUGUAUCUCGCAUAUCUUUCACAAGACUCGGCACUGUUAAAAACCAGCCGUCAGAUGUACGCGCAGUCGCUGCACGAGGUUGCGCGGGCAGUGCAGACCCCGGACGCAAUGUCUGACGCGAUGCUAAGUACGAUGAUGAUGCUCAGCGUAUACGAGAUGUACGCCCAGACCAGCAACGAUGCAUGGGUAAUCCACGCAGACGGGGUGAGACGGCUGAUGGUAAGCCGUGGUGCCCGGUCUCACGCCCGCGGCAUGGCACGGUCCUGCUACAUCGCCUACCGGGGUUUCCUAGUCGCAACUGCCAUCUACAAAGGCAAACCAUGUUUUCUCGACGGCGAAGAAUGGCAACAGCUCUCAUACCAAGUCGGAAUCGAAGAUUCUCAGAAACCAAACGAAUGGUCAUCGUCCGUCCAUCCUGCAGAGCUAGUCUUUAUGGAAAUGGUCAAGUGCCCGCGUUACCUCAGCGAGGCACUCGAACUCGCGUACUCCUAUCCCUCUCCCCUCGUUACAGCUGCCAUACCAGACCUCUAUCAGCGAGUCCAGGAAACUAGACACAGUCUACGCGAGGCAACCGCGACCUUGCGAGCCUGUACGAACCGUGACAGACACUCACAUUCCAAUCAAAGUCUAGAAAGUCUGACAGGUGAUAGCGGGCCAAAUCUUCUUCUUCAAGGGGCUGAGCAGACCCUUGUUGUGCUGCGAGAUCUGCUUGAGAGACUUGCGCGAGCUGCAUCGAGACCGGAAGGGAGUAGUGCUCUUUCGUUCCGGGUUGUAUCCGAGCUGGAUCGGGGACCGCCUGUAGCUCCUAGUAAUAGGAUUGACCUGCUGUCUGUCACUUGGUUAGAUCGAAUUGCGUCUUCUAUGGGGAUGAUUGGAACUUCAAUUGUUCAGGCGUGA